AUGAUUGCUCACAAACAGAAAAAGACAAAGAAAAAACAUGUUUUGUCAUCAGGCCAGCUCUCUACUGAUGUUACAACUUCUGAAAUGGGGCUCAAGUCUGUAAGUUCCAACUCCAUUUUUGAUCCGGAUUACAUCAAGGAGUUGGUGAAUGAUAUCAGGAAGUUCUCCCAUAUGCUAUUGUAUUUGAAAGAAGCUAUUCUUUCAGACUGUUUUAAAGAAGUCAUUCAUAUACGUCUGGAUGAACUUCUCCGUGUUUUAAAGUCUGUAAUGAAUAAACAUCAGAACCUCAAUUUUGUUGAUCUUCAGAAUGCUGCAGAAAUGCUUACUGCAAAAGUAAAAGCUGUGAACUUCACAGAUGUUAAUGAAGAAAACAAAAAUGAUCUCUUCAGAGAAGUGUUUUCUUCCAUUGAAACCUUGGCCCUUACCUUUGGGAAUAUUCUGACGAACUUCCUUAUGGGAGAUGUAGGCAAUGAUUCAUUAUUUCGACUGCCUGUUUCUCGGGAAAGUAAGUCUUUUGAAAAUGUUUCUGUGGAAUCAGUGGACUCAUCCAAUGAAAAAGUAAAUUUUUCUCCUGCAGAACUAGACAGCAUGCUGUUAAAGAACACUGACUCUGUAGAACUGGCUUUGUCAUAUGCUAAAACAUGGUCAAAAUAUACCAAGAACAUAGUGUCAUGGGUUGAAAAAAAGCUUAACUUGGAAUUGGAGUCCUCUAGAAAUAUUGUUAAGUUGGCAGAGGCAACUAGAACUAACUUUGGACUACAGGAGUUUAUGCCACUGCAGUCUCUAUUUACCAAUGCUCUUCUUAAUGAUAUAGAGAGCAGUCACCUUUUACAGCAAACAAUUGCAGCUCUCCAAGCCAACAAGUUUGUGCAGCCUCUACUUGGGAGGAAAAAUGAAAUGGAAAAACAAAGGAAAGAAAUGAAAGAACUUUGGAAACAGGAACAAAAUAAAAUGCUUGAAACAGAAACUGCUCUUAAAAAGGCAAAAUUGUUAUGCAUACAACGUCAAGAUGAGUAUGAAAAAGCAAAAUCUUCCAUGUUUCGUGCAGAAGAGGAGCAUCAGUGUGCAAGCGGUGGAUUAGUGAAAAAUCUCAAUAAGCAGCUAGAAAAAAAGCGAAGGCUAGAAGAGGAGGCUCUUCAAAAAGUAGAAGAAGCAAAUGAACUCUAUAAAGUUUGUAUGACAAAUGUUGAAGAAAGACGAAACGAUCUAGAAAAUACUAAGAGAGAUAUUUUGGCACAACUCCGGAAACUUGUUUUCCAGUGUGAUCUUACCCUAAAAGCUGUAACAGUUAACCUCUUCCAGAUGCAACAACUACAGGUUGCCUCCCUCGCAAACAAUUUACAGUCUCUCUGUGAUAAUGCCAAACUCUAUGACCCAGGCCAAGGGUAUAGUGAGUUUGUCAGGACCACGAAUUCAACUGAAGAAGAAAAAGUUGAUGGGAAUAUAACUAAGCAAUUAACAAAUAGUUCCCACACUUCUGGAUAUGGACCUGCUGACUCUUUAGAGGAUGUAGUUCGCCUUCCUGACAGUUCUAAUAAGAUUGACGAGGACAGAUGCUCCAACAGUGUUGAUAUCACAGGUACUUCUAUUAUAAGGUCAUGGACAUUUGGGAUGUUCAGUGACUCGGAGAGCACUGGAGGAAGCAGUGAGUCUAGAUCUUUGGAUUCAGAAUCUAUAAGUCCAGGAGACUUUCAUCGAAAACUUCCACGAACUCCAUCCAGUGGAACCAUGUCUUCUGCAGAUGACCUAGAUGAAAGAGAGCCACCUUCCCCUUCAGAAGCUGGACCCAAUUCACUUGGAAUAUAUAAGAAAACAUUGAUGUCAAAGGCAGCUCUCACUCACAAGUUUCGCAAGUUGAGAUCCCCCACAAAAUGUAGGGAUUGUGAAAGCAUUGUAGUAUUCCAAGGUGUUGAAUGUGAAGAGUGUCUCCUUGUCUGUCACCGAAAGUGUUUGGAAAAUUUAGUCAUCAUUUGUGGUCAUCAAAAACUUAUGGGGAAAAUACACUUAUUUGGAGCAGAAUUCACACAAGUGGCAAAAAAGGAACCAGAUGGCAUCCCUUUUGUACUCAAAGUGUGUGCCUCAGAGAUUGAAAGUAGAGCCUUGUGUCUACAGGGAAUUUAUCGUGUAUGUGGAAACAAAAUAAAAACUGAAAAACUGUGUCAGGCUUUGGAAAAUGGAAUGCAGUUGGUAGACAUUUCAGAAUUUAGUGCACAUGACAUCUGUGACGUCUUGAAAUUAUACCUUCGACAGCUCCCAGAACCAUUUGUUUUAUUUCGAUUGUACAAGGAAUUUAUAGACCUUGCAAAAGAGAUCCAACAUGUAAAUGAAGAACAAGAGACAAAAAAGGAUAGCCUUGAGGACAAAAAAUGGCCAACUACAUGUAUAGAAAUCAACCGAAUUCUUCUAAAAAGCAAGGACCUUCUAAGACAGUUGCCAGUAUCAAAUUUUAAUAGUCUUCAUUACCUCAUAGUACAUCUUAAACGGGUUGUAGAUCAUGCAGAAGAAAACAAGAUGAACUCUAAAAACUUGGGGUUGAUCUUUGGACCAAGUCUUAUUAGGCCAAGGCCCACAACUGCUCCUAUCACCAUCUCUUCUCUUGCUGAAUACUCAAAUCAAGCACGGUUGGUAGAGUUCCUCAUUGCUUAUUCCCAGAAGAUUUUUGAUGGAUCCCUACAGCCACAAGAUGUAGUUGUGUGUAGUACAGGUGGUGUUGCACCUCAAGUGAACCAAGGCUGUCUUCUGAAGCCUCUCUUAUCACCAGAAGAAAGAGACCCAGAACAUUUCAUGAAGUCACUAUUUUUCUCUUCAAAGGAAGACAUCCAUACUGCAGAUAGUGAAAACAAAAUUCUAGAAACCUCUGCAUCAAUUGAGGAAUCAGAACAAAAACAGAAAUCAUUAGAAAAAUGCGAUGUGUGUCUCACUGACAACAAAGUGUGUUUGCAUGUUGACCAAGAGCUUGAAUCAGCAUCACAAAAGAUGGAAGAUGUUUGUAAAACCUCCAAGCCGUUUUCUCUAAAGUCCAAUAGGGAAACAAACAGUGUUGUUGAGAGGUAUACUCCAAGGACCAAACUUAGACCUGUAAGUUUGCCUGUUGAAAGACUGCUUCUUCUUGCAAGCCCUCCUCAUGAGAGAAACGGCAGAAAUAUGGGAAAUGUAAAUUCAGACAAGCUUUGCAAGAAUUCCGCUUUUGAAGGAGUUAAUAGAAAAGACACCCCUCCCACUUGUUUCAAAUUUGAUGGCUUUCACCAGCAAACUCUACAAAAAUCUGGGGAGAAACAGUAUGAACAAAAAGAUCUAAAUGCAAAGACUGCAAUGAUUGUGCCCAAUGCACUCCAAGAAGGAGUGAUGACGAGCAUCAGGGUUGGUGGGGACCAUCCAGGCAAUGCCACCCAGCCUAGUAAGCCAUCCACUGAAACAGCAAGACACGUGUUAGAGAGACAGAUCUCUGACUCCUGCCCUCCUACUUUUGUCAGAGCCCCCAGAACACUGCAGCCCCAGCACUGGACAACCUUUUAUAAACCACGUGCUCCCACUGCUAGUGUGAGAGGGGUUGAGGAGAAACCUGCAGCCUCCUCCCCAGCAGUGUCUCCUGGCAUAGCCCGCGCUCCCCAGGCGCAUAUGCUGAAAUCAGUUCCAGACUCAGAAAACACACCAGCUUGUCCCAUGCAGCUGACGACAAGUAAGCCUAAAGAGAACUCUCAGGAGCAUGACCUGCCCGAUGUGCACCCAACAUGUCAGAGGCCAAGGCUUAAACGAAUGCAACAAUUUGAAGACCUUGAAGAUGAAACCCCACAGUUUGUGUAG